AUGGUUUUUGAAAAACUGUUUGAGGUCUUAAAUGGUGCUAGGUUUAUAUUACAACAAGCUAAUUAUAUACCAGGAGAGAAAUUUCCAACUGAAGAACAAACUAGAGAAGCACUUUCAAGUGUUCUUGAAAACACAGCAUUCUUUGGUGAAUUGUUGCUACGACUACCUGACAUAUCACAUGACAUUUAUGACAAGAAGAGUGAGUGGAAAGACGCCAUGGGAUGGGCAGUUGGAUUCUGUGAACAGAGUAAUGUAUUUGAAGGAAUACACUAUAAAAUGUUGAAUUUGAUGUCACAGGAACUCAAUAUAAUUCCACGUGAUCCGGAUUAUGUUAAUCCAUAUGCUGUAGAUCAAAAGAUGCUAUUCCAGGGAAGUGAACCUUUGGAGAAGAAGAAGAAAAAGGAAAAGAAACCAAGGAAGAGAGGACCACGUUUGUCUUCUAAACAAGAACUUUAA